CAACGCUGGUGAGUCGUCUUCUUCAAGAUGCGUUUAUUUAAAUCUUGCUCCCAUAUGCUUACACGUAUCGGCGGGCUCCCACUACGACUAUUUCCCAAGGCCACAGAGAAGAUUAAUCGGGUUUUUGCGCGUUUUUCACGUUCAUGGUGCAGACAUCGUGUAUAACUAUCACUAAGAUCACAAAACACUCCAUGGAAAUCCUAGGAACUUCUACGAGAGGCUUUUCAGACCGACGAACUGAAGUACCGAGACGUUUAAUUAAGAAUACGGGCUUUGGAAAGAUCUAAAUAAAGGGUUAGGUUAGAUUAGGUUAUUUAGAUCUUGGGCUUUGGUUCCUUUCACGAGACGUCCUGUGCCCCGCGUCCUGCUCAUGGAGUUGGGAAUCGGAGGCUCAAGCUCUGCGUUCUCCGACAAUCGCGACAGAGAUGAUUAAGUUAAGUUUGGAGCAUACGUUAUAAUUCCGCGUGGCCUCGGUGCUCAUCUCCGUCUCAUUGGCCCUUGAGCCUGUGGGGGAAAAUGGUCUUUGCUAUCACGGUUAGUAAGGCUCCAGAUUUUUUAGGCCAGUGGGGGAUCAUUGCAGUUUCUUGGUGCUGGAUGGUGAGGGUGUUGCGAAAUCGAGUCACAUACAUAUUUGCAUAAUUUCACUAGCUCUUGUUUACUGAGAAGGGAAUGAAAGCCAAUUGUGUGUGUGUGUGUGUGUGUGUGUGUGUGUGUGUGUGUGUGUGUGUGUGUGUGUGUGUGUGUGUGUGUGUGUGUGUGUGUGUGUGUGUGUGUGAGGAAACCGGAAUGCUGGAGGUGUGAGAGGAAAGUUUGCAUACGUUUCUUUGAGUCAUGCAAAAGUUUUUCUCUUCUACACUCAGGCAAUUCGUUCCAUAAAGUCGCGCUAAAGGCAAGAAAAUGACCCUCUGAAGUUACGGCUAACAUUUUUUUCUUAUUUCAUUGGCAGGAAGUUAUGCUUUUGAACUGCAACUCAUAUUUUCCUUUCUUUUCUUGUCUCUUUUCUUCAGGAGCCUGCACGGCCUUCCCUGACAGAGACCUGGAUCGCUUCGUGCCCGGCAGACCCAUUGAGAACGUGUUUCCUGGAAUUCAGCCGUUCGGUGGCAGCGUCGUCUCUUCGCAAAGACCCCAAAGUCAGCCUACCCCACCCCCAGGCAUCAACCAAAGACCCCAAAUUGACCCCACCCCGCCCCCAGGCUUCAACCAAAGACCCCAAAUUGACCCCACCCCGCCCCCAGGCUUCAACCAAAGACCCCAAAUUGACCCCACUCCGCCCCCAGGCCACAACCAAAGACCCCAGACCAGGCCUUUCCCUCGUCCAUCCCACCAGAGACCCCAGGUUGACCCCCGCCCACCCCCAGGCUUCAACCAAAGACCCCAAAUUGACCCCACCCCGCCCCCAGGCUUCAACCAAAGACCCCAAAUUGACCCCACUCCGCCCCCAGGCCACAACCAAAGACCCCAGACCAGGCCUUUCCCUCGUCCAUCCCACCAGAGACCCCAGGUUGACCCCCGCCCACCUCCAGGCUUCAACCAAAGACCCCAAAUUGACCCGACCCCGCCCCCAGGCCACAACCAAAGACCCCAGACCAGGCCUUUCCGUCGUCCAUCCCACCAGAGACCACAGGUUGACCCCCGCCCACCCCUAGGCUUGAACCAAAGACCACAGACCAGGCCUUUCCGUCGUCCAUCCCACCAGAGACCACAAGUUGACCCCCGCCCACCCCCAGGGUUCAACCAGAGACCCCAGACCAGACCUUUCCCUCGCCCACCCCACCAGAGACCUUAGGUUGACCCCACCUAACCCCCUACCCACUACCAAAGGCCCCACUAGAGACCUUUUGCUCGUCCUACCAACCGCCCCCUUCUCCCCGGUGCCUCCCAUUGGCAACGUGCUCUUCCGGACGCUGCCCGCCUGCCUCCAGUGAAGCCCUUACUACCCAGCUGACGCCUAACACUUGGCUUCGUGGGUCUUUUAAUAAGCGUCCCAUGCUCCACUAGAGGCACCGCGACCCCAGGCACACAACACCUAACAUGGCCAUCGACCAAGGCAGACUUUUCCUUUUCUACAACUGGGCGGUGGACUUAAGUUGUUUGUGUCAGUCUGUCGUGUUUUUCGUAGCCAGUGUGCCUAAUAAAGCUUUGUAGAACUGAGACCGUGUGUGGAGUGACCUUGUUGUGUAUCAGAAUAAUGGCAGCACUACGGGGAACUUUA